AUGGGUCGAACCACCAACAUCCUCUUGUCUACAGGCUUCGUGCUGGGUGCCCUUAGCCAGACCAACCAAAAGAUCGAUUUGGCCGCCCUGGGUCCGAUAUACCAGCCCGCGGCCAAUCAUUCGUAUCAGGCCUUUGCUACUGCCAGACGGCAAGCCACGGACGCCAUCAAUGAGCUCAUCGCCACGGGCAACAACACCUACGGCGUCUUCGACAACCAAGGAACUUCAUUUUCGGCGUCAGUCUUCGAUCUGACCAGUGACGAGUAUCUCUUUGAGUUCCACUUCGAAGCUCCUGGGCUCAACGGCUCGUAUACCAAGGGCAAACUCAGCGAGAACACCAUCUACCGGACUGGGAGUCUCGGCAAGCUUCUGACCAUAUACAAUUGGCUGGUCGACAUUGGGGACGGGGUUUACUUGGACCCAAUAACUAAAUAUGUCCCUGAAUUGGAGGCCGCCGGGAAGUCGUACAAGAAUCCACUCCUGUCGACAAAUUGGAGCGAAGUCACCGUCGGAUCGUUGGCCUCGCAAGCCUCCGGCAUUGGACGUGACUGUGAGAGGUCUCCGCCCGUGUCGAAUUCAGUGGACAAGGACGGGUAUCCUCCACUGGGAAACGAGAGCGUCAUUGAGUGCAACUCUUACGGCGACUCUCUUCCGCCGUGUACACGAGCACAAUUUCUCCAGGGGGUCAUUGAACACCCGCCCGUGUUUCCCUCAUACACAACCCCCAGCUACUCGAAUCUCGCAUAUGCCAUCCUGGGCCUGGCCUACGAGAACAUCACGGGAAAGUCCCUCUCGGACGGUAUGCGAGAUCUCUACCACGACAAAUUGGGGAUGACUUCGACGACACCGACGGCCCCCGGUGAUGGUUCAGAUGCCGUCAUCCCAAGAAACGACAGCUACGCCAUCUUCACCUACGACAUAGGUAUUCAACGACCAGCUGGUGGGCAGUAUACGUCGACCAAAGAUCUCAAGACCUGGGGUCAAGCCAUCUUGAGCCACAAACUACUCCCGGGGUUCGUCACACGCCGAUGGAUGAAACCGACGACGUUCACCUCACAGUGGGAGGCGGCAGUUGGGGCUCCGUGGGAAAUCUACAGGUACACGGUCCCCGCGGACACGGUCAUCAACGCAAGCCGCAUCGUCGACGCGUACACCAAAUCCGGAGACAUUGGCCUGUACUCCACGAUGUUCGGUCUUGUCCCCGACUACAACCUUGGGUUCACCGUCAUGACCGCCGGCGACAACCCAAAUCGCCAGGUACCUCCCGUUCGCGGCAUCAUCGUGGAUACCUUUUACAAAGCCGCGGAGGCCGCGGCCAAGGAGCAAGCCCGCAGAGCUUUCACCGGUACAUUCAGGUCGAGCGACCGCAACUCGUCCAUCACCCUGGCCGUCGACGGCGGAGCAGGGGUCAAGGUCGAGCAGUGGACGAGCAACGGGACGGAUUUCUUGACUCAGGAGUACCUCGCGAGUUUUCACGACUUUCGGCUGUUUCCGACCGAGCUGAGCACGGAGGCGGACGGCCUCACAUACUACAAAUACCACCUCGACUCGUUCGUCAACCCGGACGGGGAGCCUUUCACGGGAGACCCUUGGGCAGAAUACAAUGACUACUGGAUCCAGAUUGACGAGAACAUCUACGAUAACCUGUCCACCGACGCGUUUGUCAUCGGCUUCGACACGGACGGUGUCGUGCAGAGCGUGGCUUCUCAGGCGUUGAGGACCACCAUGUUGCGGUCGGCCUAG